AUGGAGCGAAGACUGGCCCCAACAGCGGAUUUCGAGCCCCUGCCGGCAUAUGAAUCUCACGACUCAGCUUUUCCUCCCGCCGUGGAUCAAUCGCUGCAGGAGGACAGCCCAUCGACCCAGGCUGCUGACCAAAUAAAGCAGGUGGUCGGGCUUCAAAAAGAAGCGACUGGAUUGCUGUUUACAGAAUUUGAUAUAUUUCGACAUGCCAUCACAGAACAGGACCAGACACUGCUCACCGAAAAGUUGAGGCCACUGCACUCUCACGAAUACAAAGUUCCAUUUUCAACGUCGCCUCCGGAUGUUGAAUACCUUGCUCAGAUCUGCCUCAGCUGGAUCCUCAGCGAGGACGUCUCGAACCAAGAGACAAGCUUCGUAACCCAACUCACCAGCCAUGCUUUGGGCCAGGCCCUCGGAUGCAGCUUGGAUCGCACGAUGGUGUCGACAUUUCAGGAUUUCGUGCUCGCCACAACCCUCGCCUAUACGGCUUGGCGUGACCAAAGAAAUCCAUCGCAGAGGCUAUCAGUCCAUGACCUGCACCGAACGAGUUACUUGACCGGCUCGUCCCUGCUCCAAAUGCUUGACCAGCAACUCGACCCAGAGACCCUGGGUAAAGCCUCAAGACCAACGCUUCAGGCACUGUUUCUCGUCCUCUUUGGCACAACACUUGGGGUGGCCUACACCACACAAGUUGGUGGCCGGCCAUCAACAGAUUCGGCGGACUGGAUCGGCAAAGUCCUUUCAGAAAGCCCGACCCUCUAUAUCACCAUGAAAGAACAUCUCUGCCACCUCCUCGCCGACAAGCUGGUCCUCUUGGCGAAUCUUCUCUGGGACAGGGUCGACACGGAGGCCGCACGCACAUGUAUUCUCGAUGGAUGUCUCAUGGGCCGAUGGAACCGAUCAGGACGAUGGGUUUGGGGUAACCCGAUGCCUCACUACAUCUUUCCGCCUAGAGACCAAUCUUUGAGCUGGCUCGUGCAGCGCCCGGGUGGAAUGUUCCAGCCUAUGCCGCAGGCCGCGAUUAUGCGGUGCCCUGAGAUCCUCGGAUGGGUCUUCCCCUCAAAAAGGACAGAAUGGCUAACGGCGAAUGCUUGA